GUUAUAAUGCCGUCUAUUGCCGUGUGGCUGUCUGUUGUUCAGUAAGUGGGCGCAGAAACAGCCGCAGUACUUGGCUGUGCUGGUUUUAUGCUAUUUUUUUCAUGGAGAAUGAAAGAAAAAUUGUGUUCUGUUCCAUUGCUUUCUGUGUGUAGACACUCUUUAUUACCCCAACCAGUGUGUCCGCGUGGAAAGGGGAGGAGGGGUGGAUUGGUGUGUCCAGCAUUAAAGCCGUCACACUUCAGUCGAUUCGUGAAGUGUACAGUGGACAGGGUCUGCUACUGGUACGGUAUAUUAUUAGAUUACGGAUACGGGCCUGGCUGAAAAAUUUGCCUCUCCACAACGGAAAGGCUUUCCAGUGUUGUGUUUCAGUACAUUGACUUUUGGAAAGUGUGCAUGCUUCAAGAUAUUAGUCUACUGAUAACAUCAUGAGGGCAACAACAAAGACUAAUUUAGCAUUACUCUGUCUGGCGUGUGCCUCUUUAUUUGGUAUGGGAUAUGUGUCACGAUACCGUGCCAGUACUAAUGUUGAUCUCAGUGGAAUACAAAAGAUACAGCAGGCAACCAUUAGCCCCCCGCUUGUCACUGUUUUCAAGAAGGAAAAUCCGAGAUGUGUGGAUUUACUGAGUGCGGUACAAAAUGGGUACUGGGUGUCAAGAACACCGCCAAAAAGAGAACUUAUAGAAAUACAAUCGUUUCUCGACGACGUCAGAAUUGGAUAUUUCAAACUCCCUCCCACACUUCAGCGAGACGAUGGACAUUGUGGUAAUGUUAAUUUUAAAGGUAGAAUGUUUCGAGCCCUGUGCAAUCCUGAUGGGCCUACACCGUGUUGCUUCGAGUUCCAGUGUGCAAGUAAAUCUGUAGACCAAUGUCGCUGCAGCACCUGUUUUGAUCUGAGAAGGGAAAUGCACGCAGACUUUGGGUCUUACGUCUUAAAAGAUCCAGCAUGCAAGAUGACCACCUUCAAAUCAAAGGCAGAUCUAUGCUCGAUGCUGGAGAAUGUGUCAAUCAGCUUCAUUGGAGAUUCGUUUGUUCGACAAAUUUACAUCUCGGUCUUGGCAAUGUUGCGACAUGGAAAGAUCGGCAAUGUCGUAAAGAACAACACAUCCAUGAGUGAACGAGAGCGAUGCCGAGAGCAGAGAAUCUAUAUAGCUGGCUGUCGACACCUAGUGGACAGGGAGGUCACGGAGUGUGACCAAACGGUGAAACUGAAUGAUUACAACUAUUUCAAAACACAAAAAGCAAACCUGAUAAUGGAAGUUGUGAAAGGGCUUGUUGGAAAACGGCACUCCAUUCUUUACAUCGGCCUUGGAAUUCAUGACGGACUGAAUUCCACUACUGUACAUGAAAAAGUCGUGAAGCCGAUGAUGAGGAUUGUUGGAAAGAACCAAUGGCCUAAGAUUGUCUGGUCCACCCCUCACGUCCCGGGUCUACUGAAGUCGCCCUUUCACAAAAAUCAAGACAGAAGUGCUGUCCUCGCUUUCAUUAAAGAUAUGAAGAGAAUUUUGAAAGGUUACAACAUCCCUGUCAUGGACACAUAUCAUUUGACCAAUGGCGUAGUAAGCUAUGAUGGUUUGCACUAUGCGAAGGGGAUCAACGAUAUCAAGGCACAAAUAUUACUGAAUCUUGUUCAAAGGCUAAGAAACAACGGUUGGUCAACGCUUCAUUGAACCAGCGAUUUCUGUUAACAUGAGAGAGAGAAAGGGAGGGGGUACUGGGUGUGUGGGUAUGAUGUGUGUGAGUGUAUGUGU